CUUGUGGGCGGGACUUAUGAAGUAUAUUACUGAAUGACGCACCCUCUUCCUCAUUGUGGUGUUGAGGCAGACGUGCGUUUCAGGCUCUGCGUAACACAUUAGCAAAGAUGGUGAAGAUCUUCAUUGGGAACCUGCCUCCACAGGCAGAAGCAGAAGAAAUAAAGUCCCUGUUCGCUCAAUAUGGAACAGUCACUGAGUGCGCCAUUAUCAAGAACUUUGCCUUUGUCCACAUGGAUGAUCGUAAAAGUGCUACAAAGGCAAUAAAAAACCUUCAUUUGUACAAGUUGCAUGGAACACCCAUCAAUGUUGAAGCAAGUCGGAGCAAAAACCAGGGCCCGGUGAAGCUUCAUGUUGCCAAUGUGGAGAAAGGAGCAGAUGAAGAGCUCAGAGCACUGUUUGAAGAGUACGGCUCUGUUUCCGAAUGUGCCGUCAUUAAGAACUUUGCCUUCGUACACAUGACCAAUUCCGAUGAGGCCAUGGAUGCCAUCAAGGGGUUGGACAACUCUGAUUUUCAAGGCAAACGAAUUCAUGUGCAGAUUUCAAAGAGUCGACCAAGAGGCGAGGAGGAAGACUAUGGCCCCCCAGACGGUGGAUUUUGGCCACCCCGUUUCCCUGGAGACCGACCCGAGCCUCCUGGUUAUCCUAGGGGUCGCUUCGGGUAUCCCCCUGGUCCCCCUCCACCACCACCACCCAUGCCCCCCAGACGCCCCCCAUACCCAGAGCGUGCUGCACCAGCAUACGAGCGAGAACGCGGUGUGGUUGAUUAUUACGAGAAGUACCGUGCUCGCCCUUACGGCGUCUCCUCCUAUGAGGACCGGCGUAUGGGUGCCAUCCCCCCUCCCCCACCGCCCCCGUCAUCAAGCAUUAUGAGAGAGAGAUUGUCUGGCAAUGGCCUCGACCCCUAUGAGCGACGCCCCCUUCCACCACCGCCAUCCUCGUACUAUGCACGAGACCGCAGUCCCAUCAGACGUGUUCCUCCUCCCCCUCAGCCACCCGCUGGGAAUGGUUACUCAUUCGAGCGAUCUCGUCUCUCACCUCUUUCCAUGUCUCGGACCCCGAUGUACAGCAUGCCUCGGGCCAGAGACCCCUAUGCUGACAGGGCGGCGCCACCUCCACCACCUCCGCGCUACUCGUAUUAAAGUGCACCACUGCGCUUUUGUAAUCCAAGGUGUAAAUUAUUCAACAAGAUCGUCGUCGUUGUCUCCAGGUGCACGUGCCGCGAUGCGUCUUUGUCUGCCAGAGCGCGUUUCGUUCGCCUGCGCACCAUAGUGGAAGAGUUCUGUUGCGGACUGCACAUUCUAUAAAACUACCGCUUUUACACGCAUAAAAACGUCCUCAUGCUAAAUUGUCAACUCUGCUUUAUUUUUUGCCUUGUUUUUAUUGUUUAACAUUGGAUAGGUGAGAGAAGCACUAAGCCAGAAUACAUAAAUUAGGUUAACUUGGUGGUUUGGUUAAGACUAUUAAAGGAACGUCUUAUAAAAAUUCUUCUUUCAUAGAACUCUUCAUUGUAUCACACUGUACCUUUUUACCUUUAAAAAUCUGGAAGGAGGUUAUCGUUUGUUAUUAAACUACUGUAGCAAGCGCCAUGACAAUUUUGAUUUAGAACCAAAAAUUUAUGUGUAAAGCUUUUUUUUUUUUUUUCUCUCUCUCUCUUUUUCCCCCCCUCUCUCUAAUCUGUUUGUUAAAGUGCGGCAUGCAAGAAAGCAUAGUCUCCGCAGCAAUAAAACCUUUCCGUCUACUGGCUUUAUUGAAAAUGUGUUGUAAAGUGUGCAUUUUAAUUGCAGAUUAUCGAAGUUAAAGGACUUUGUAUCAUUUUCUUUCAUAGGAACACUUGCAAGUUUUAAUAAAAAAAAAAAAA